AGGGGGGGGCGUUAACUCGUGUGUUACAUAAAGCUGCACAGCUCGGACAGACAUGCUGCUGUGAGCUGCUCCUGGAGGACUCACACCAUUCACACCUUCAUUUAUCUGAACAACACGUUGUUUGUGUUUACUCUCUCAGCUGCACGACAACAACAACAACAACAACAACAACAACAACAGCAGACACUGUACAGAAAGAUGGCGGCUUCCCUGCUGAGGAUAGGACGACUGGGCUGUGUCAAGUGUUUCCAGGCUGAGAGCUGGAGCACUCUGAGAAGAGCUCCUUCAGCUGCAGCCUUCAGCUCAAAAUCGGGGGGAUCCAAGAAGUCGUCGAAAAAGCCGAGCUCGGACAAAGACAAGGGUAAAACGUACUUCGAUAUAGAGAAACUUGUCCAGCACAAGACGUAUAACUUUCCCAAGAAAGAUGUUUCUCCAGCAGCCGUCGCCGCAGCAGCUGAAGCUGCAGCAAAACCGAUUGUAGAGUCCACGCCGGCUGCAGCUGCACCUGAGGCUGCGGCAGAGGCUGCAGUCCCAGUGGCUGAAGCCGCACCCGUUGUUGAGGCAGUCACCGAAGCUGCACCAGCAGUGGAAGCAGUCGCAGAAGCCGCACCCGUUGUUGAAGCAGUCGCUGAAGCCGCACCCGUUGUUGAAGCAGUCGCUGAAGCCGCACCCGUUGUUGAAGCAGUCGCUGAAGCCGCACCCGUUGUUGAAGCCGUCGCUGAAGCCGCACCUAUUGUUGAAGCCGUCGCUGAAGUGGUUGCCGAAGCUGCACCCAUUGUUGAAGCAGUCGCAGAAGUGGUUGCCGAAGCCGCACCAGUGGUUGAAGUUGUUGCUGAAGCUGCAGCAUCUAUAGCAGAAGCUGCUGCUGCUCCACCAGCUGUUGAAGUUGCCCCAGAGCCUGAGCCUGUGCCUGAAGCCCCUGCUGCAGAAGCUGCACCAGUUGUGGAAGCUGAAGCUGCCCCUGUAGAAGCUGCUCCUGAGCCUGUGGCCGAAGCUGCUCCUGUAGAAGCUGCCCCUGAGCCCCCUGUUGAAGCUGCCCCUGUUGAAGCUGCCCCUGUUGAAGCUGCCCCUGUGGAAGCUGCCCCUGAGCCCGUGGUUGAAGCUGCCCCUGUAGAAGCUGCCCCUGAGCCCGUGGUUGAAGCUGCCCCUGUUGAAGCUGCCCCUGUAGAAGCUGCCCCUGAGCCUGUGGCUGAAGCUGCCCCUGAGCCCGUGGUUGAAGCUGCCCCUGUAGAAGCUGCCCCUGAGCCCGUGGCUGAAGCUGCCCCUGUAGAAGCUGCCCCUGUAGAAGCUGAAGUGGCUGCCGAGGCUGCAGUUGAAGUCUCUGCCCCUGUAGAGAGCGCCGAGGAGCUGGUGGACCCGGCUCCAGUCGUGGCUGAAGCUGCAGGAGAGGAGCUGCUGGCUGAACCAGUUGAACCGACUGAGGCUCAAAUCGACCCGAUUCAGAAGUUGUUCCUGGACUCUAUACGAGAGUACUCCACAAGAAGCCAGGCUGCUGGCGGGCUGCUGGAUGCAGGUUCAGAGUAUGAAAAGACUUUGGCAGAGGAGAUCUCAAAGCUCCAGAGACUCUACGGCAGCGGAGACCUCACAUCUUUCCCAGAGUUCAAAUUCACAGAGCCGAAGUUUGACGAAGUCUCCCAGAAAUGAACAUCGGCACUUUCCAACUGAACUUUUCUACCGACGCCUUCUUCCUGUACAUCUGUGCUCCGUAGUGUUUGCUUCUGCAACCAAUCCCUCGCCUCCGGCUCCGUGCGUUAGAUAUUUUAAUGGUCAGCAUUAGAUGUACAUGUGUGGCAGACAUAGUGAACACUGAGCUGUGGAAUAAGCUUUGUGUAGAUCGAUCUGUGGCUGAGCUGAAUGUGGAGGAAAAAACAAUAAAAUCCUGUUCAUA